AUGAACCCACUUCCUCCACCAACAACCCUCCAUGAUGCCAGAAGGCAGAUUCGUAUCAGGCACCUUGAGCAAUUGUCUCAUGCCAACAUCACUUUGACUCCUCCCCCAGAUGGCGAUGACACUUUGAUUUUGCCAUCUUGCAACAUUCUGCGUAAGGAGUUGAAGAAGUGGUCACAGGACCAUAUGAAAAGCAUCCAAGAAGCGAUCUCAAAAAAAGUCCUCAGUGGCAAAGAGAAUAUCGACUGGAAUUGUUGCUUUUUAGCUUUUAUGGAGAGCAUGACUGUCUAUCUGAGAGACUGGGAUAUACUUCACGAAGCAGUCCAGCUGUAUAAAAGUGUCAAGGCCGGAACAAGUCCCACUGGCGAUCUACACCAGGUUCAUGAUCUGUACGAGCAAUCAGUAGAGGGAAUCAAAGAAGUCGCGGCUGUCUGGGGCAUGGAUUUUAUGCAAAUCUGCGAUCUCACCAAGGGUCACAACGACAAGAACCCCAAAUGGAACGGGCCUUUUUGUGGUGCUUUCUUCCCGAAAGACCAUGAACAGGGCGCUCCUUAUGUUGGUAUCACAUUCAAGGGGACCGAUCCGAAAAACAUCAAAGACAUCAAUGUCGACUCCUCAUUCGACCCUGUUCAAGUAGACGCCAAACAUCUUUUCGGAACAGUCGUGUCUGAAGGCGUGUACAACGCACUGUUUGGAACUUUCAAUAACAAAGACAGCGUUUCACCAUUCGAGCUUAUUCUUAAGGCGCUCCAAGACCUUGUACCAAAGCUCAAUGUCGAAGAUAACACUGAACCUCUUCUUCAUGUUACAGGCCAUUCUCUCGGGGGCUCUUACUCUAGCUUCUGCUUCGCUCAACUCAUGAUGCAAAAUAUCAGUUUGCCUGCUGGGGCCCAACUCGGUGACCUCUACAAUUUUGGAAGCCCCCGAGUCGGCCAGAAGGCCUGGUCUCAAGCUUUCUACGAGAACCUUGGCGGUAAAUUCCCUGGUGGUGCCUGGAGAAUUGUCAAUGAUAAGGAUAUCGUGCCCCAGGUCCCUUCGUUGCUUAGGUACAAGCCCAAAACGGGCCCAUUCUACCACAUUGACAACGGGAUACAGAUUUCCAAGGAAGCUAAACCUCAGCCAAUCGAAACUGAGAGAAAUGGCGCCGGAAACGUAGACAUAGGGUUGACUCGGAUUGGGUUUGUCAGAAAGCUAGCCACGGAGAAGUAUCACUAUCCGCUCUCAUACUAUCACGCUAUGGAGUAUGCUCUUGCCAGUCAGUAG